UGUUAAUCGCGCGACUUUAAUUUCCAAUCAUUUUUGAUUUUUUACCGGUAUAGGCGAGCGAUGCCGCGUUGUCACGUUGUAGAGAAAUGAGAUACGGUGUUUUAUGCAAACAAAUUCGUUUUCAGUUUAUUCGAAAGUCAGUUUAAGUAAAUGAGUAGCGUGGUUGGUAGAAAUAAGUGGUGUGGUGUUGUACCUGUGAAGCUGUCGGGUUGAAAGAAUUUUGUAAAAGAAAAAGAAAGGUCAUCGAAACUUGGCCGGCUCUAGCGAAACGCGCGAAAAAACAAUGCCAUUGGCAACUAUAUUCAUUGAAUAAGGCUGGGCUGAGCUCAAGAGUACCUGCAGUUCGCCAUUUGAUUGGAGAAUGUUGGUUUGGAGUGGCAUUUAGAAGGCAACAGCCAGCGUAUUGCGAUAAUCCUCACAAUAGUUUUCAACUUCGACAACGUAAGAAAGCGCGCGUGUGAGUUUAACUACGAUGGUCUCAACGUUGGAUCAAUUGAAAGACGAGCUUAACUCUGCCAGCCAAGAACAUGUUCUCCAGUUCUGGAGUGAACUUGACGAUCAGGAAAGGGACGCCUUUUGGAAACAACUCUCGACAGUUAAUUUCAAAAAUAGCAACCACCUGUUCGAAAGAGCGCAAAGAUCGCUCGCGACAGAUACCGAAAAAUUAGACGAGCGUAUGGAACCAAUUCCCAGCGAACAUUUCGCAUCGCAACUUAGUGUAGACGAGGCAGAACUGGAGCGCUACGAAAAUGCCGCCCUAGAAGAAAUCGCAAAGGGUACAGUAGCCGUGUUGCUGCUGGCGGGCGGACAAGGAACGCGUCUAGGACUGUCCUAUCCAAAGGGAAUGUGUUCUGUGGGCCUUCCUUCCGGUAAAACGCUGCUGCAACUGCAAGCCGAAAGAAUACGAAGCGUGGUCAACUUGGCGAAGCAAAAAACGGGCAAAGAGGGCGGGAUCUGCUGGUACAUCAUGACGAGCGGCGCAACCAACGCAACCACGAGGAAGUUCUUGGAAGCCAAUGAUUUCUUCGGACUGCCUGCGACCAACGUUAAGCUGUUCGAGCAGGGACUGUUACCGUGCUUCGACUUUGACGGAAAGUUGCUGCUGGAGGAUAGGAACGCGGUAGCACUCGCUCCAGAUGGAAACGGCGGUGUCUAUAGGGCUCUGGAAACGAGCGACAUCCUCGCAGACAUGACUCAAAGAGGCGUCAAAUACGUCCACGUCUACUGCGUGGACAACAUACUGGUCAAAGUGGCAGACCCGCUCUUUAUUGGCUACUGCAUCACGAAGGAAGCGGAGUGCGGCGCUAAGGUGGUAAGCAAGGAAGAAGCAACCGAGCCAGUGGGUGUGGUGUGCAAAGUGGACGGUCGCUUUCAGGUGGUGGAAUACAGUGAAAUUACGGAGAGGACGGCCAAGUUGCGCGACGCCUCGGGAAACUUGGUAUUUCGCGCCGGAAAUAUCUGCAACCACUUCUUUAGCGUAGACUUUCUGCGGGCCGUGUGCGAACAGCACGAGCGCAACCUAAAGCUGCACGUGGCCAAAAAGAAAAUUGCCCACGUCGAUGCCCGUGGUGAGAAAGUGAAGCCCGACACACCCAACGGAAUCAAAAUCGAAAAGUUCGUCUUCGACGCGUUCCAGUUUGCCAGCAGAUUCGUGACUUGGGAAGUGCCUCGGACCCGCGAAUUCAGCGCCCUAAAAAACGCAGAUGGCGCCAAAAAAGACUGUCCCUCUACAGCUAGACGCGAUCUGUUGCACCUGCAUCGGACCUACGUCGAGCGAGCUGGAGGCUUCGUUGAUCCAGGGGUGGACGUGGAAGUUUCGCCGCUUUUGUCCUACGGGGGCGAGAACCUUGAAAAAAAGGUUAGAGGGCGCCGUUUUCAAUCUAGCACCAUUCUUCUGGCGGACAACGAAUGACUUACAAUAGCUUGCCAACAUUUAUUACCCUCGCCAGGAUUUGCUUUGUUCCUAAAUUAUCCUAUAUCAUUAAAUUAAAUUAUCCUAUAUGUCGUAUUUAAUAUAUAUGUACUAAUGUACUUCUU